AUGCCCUCGUUCAUCUUCUCCAUUUGCUUAUUGUUUACCCCAGUCGUUAUUGGCUUCCUUUGGCCUGACGUAUAUGGUCGUCAGCUUCAAGUACAGUAUGGGUCUCAGAGGGUAACUCCUGGGAUAUCAUUGGAUAUCAGAGGUAUAGCGAACACCUUGAGACAAACGGAUUACCACUCACAGACUUUGGUAAUUCCCGAGAUCGGUACCAAUGAGCUCCAUUGCAAAGAAAAAUACAUUUUAUUUUUCAUUGAUCUGGAUGCCAUCUUGCCUGGAACAAAGAUACAGUCCGUCAUUCUACAUUGGUACCAAUCAAAUCUGGGUUUGGAUUGCACGAAUCCGCAUCAUCACCGUUUGAUUAUCCCCAGAGAAGGCCACGAGGGCAAUGAUCACCCUGCAGCCUCGUACAUAGCUCCUCGUCCGCCCCCAAAUACCCACCAUCGUUACGUCUUCCUGUUAUUUGCGCAACGCUACGAGUAUCGCUUUCCUAAUUGCUUCAAGCACGUGUUCCCGGAGACAGUUGACGCCCGCGCCGGCUUCGAUAUCAGAAAGUUCAUGCAGGCUGCAGGGCUUGACCCUCCAUUGGCCAUGAACUAUUUUUUCGGCCGCCAUGAACCUGCCGACGGUGACCCCACGACUAUGCCUUCCAGUGCCACCACAACCUCCUUUCGUUUUGUCAAUUGUCCCAGUACGACUAGCCCGACACAUUUAGCCGGAUAG